CACUUCUUGCAGGGCUGCAAAAUUUGAAUGCUCAUUCACAAUAGAUGCAAUCGACGGGAUCUGGCACCGCUGGCAAGCAGCCACUUCAUAAUAGUUGAAUUUUCUACACAGCGCGAGAGUUUUAAGGUGUAAUUAACAAUGAAAUGCGUAUAAUAUUAGCACAGCCGCGGCACAAGUGCGGCUGUGUCAUCAAUCAGCUUCAUCUCGUCUUUAUAUAAAGCAAACAUCACGCAACGCUUUGUGCUAUGCAGACCAAACGUAAAUAAACAUAUGGAUGAACAUAUGCAUAGUUAUUAGUUACAUAUAAACAAAAGUCUUCACGUAUUUGUUGUUGUUGUGCUGCUUAUCGUAUUCAAAAAACUUGUUUGAGCGGUUAUUGAACUUGUGACACUUGACUUUACCGGCUAGAAGAACGCUUGGGGCGUGAUUAUUUGGCAACUACAUAAAUUUCGAACGUGUCAGCAAAUUCUUCUUGUGGUGGCUCGAACUUGAACCCAAAGAAGAGCAAGAAACAGUCGAACGCAGACAAAGCUGCCACAUGGUCGUCUACAAGAUGGGAACUCGUACACCAGAGCUAAUAAUAUGCUCCUUCAUCGUUGUCAGCCUACUCGUUAUUCACUUCUUUUCGGAUCUGCUGCGCAUUUCUCUGGGUGGUCGCUAUGUGGUGGACAUGACGCUGUCUCAGCUGGUGGAGUCACAGUCCAAGGAUUAUGCCUGGUUGCUUAAGCUACUUGUCAAUUGCUUCGGCUAUAGUUGCGUCUUUGUGCCAGGCUAUUUGAUCUACAAAUAUGUGCAGCGUUCAAAUUAUCUGGAGCGUGGCAACAAAACGCUGCUGCACACCGCUGUCAACAUGUGCAUCACAGGGAACUCCGGCUACGACCCCCUAGAACUCACUCCAAACGAGCGUGAACGCACGCAAAUUAAACGCACAAGUUCCCAGGAGGCUGUACAGCUAUUUUGGUGCUUUGGCGGCCUCAUGGUCUCCUAUCUGACGUGGGGUGUGUUGCAGGAGAAGAUUAUGACGCAGCAUUACUACAACUUCAACGGAGAAAGUGCCAAAUUCAAGGAUUCACAGUUUCUGGUCUUCGCCAACCGACUGCUCGCCUUCUUUGUGGCCCUCAUAUAUAUGCAAUGGCAACCAGCUCCGGGAAGACACCGGGCGCCACUCUACAAGUAUUCGUUUGCCUCGUUCUCAAACAUUAUGAGCGCCUGGUUCCAAUACGAGGCUCUGAAGUUUGUAAACUUUCCCACACAAGUGUUGGCCAAGUCCUGCAAGAUUAUUCCAGUCAUGUUAAUGGGCAAAAUCAUGUCGAAAGCCAAAUACGAGUCGUAUGAGUAUUUCACAGCUUUGCUCAUUUCCCUGGGCAUGAUUUUCUUCAUGAGUGGCUCGUCGGAUAACAGCAAAGCGAGUGGAGUGACCACAUUGACGGGCAUCUUUCUGCUCUCCAUGUACAUGGUCUUCGACAGCUUCACGGCCAACUGGCAGGGCGGAUUGUUUAAGAGCUACGGCAUGAGUUCGCUGCAAAUGAUGUGCGGCGUCAAUCUGUUCUCAUCGAUCUUCACAGGCGCCUCACUCUCCAUGCAGGGCGGCUUCAUGGAUUCGCUCGCAUUUGCCACAGAGCAUCCAAAGUUCGUGUUCGACAUGGUUGUUCUAUCCAUCUGUUCGGCGGUUGGCCAAUUGUUUAUCUACCACACAAUUGAUGUGUUUGGCCCAGUUGUGUUUACCAUCAUCAUGACGCUGCGACAGGCGGCUGCCAUAAUGCUUUCCUGUUUCAUCUAUCAACACAGCAUUACGUUGCUGGGCAUCUUUGGUGUGCUCAUCGUAUUCGUGGCCAUCUUUCUGCGCGUGUAUUGCAAUCAACGCUUGCGGGCGAAACGCAAACGUGCCGAGGCCAGCAAGCCCAAGAUCGCUGUUUAGUUGUAACUCUUGCUCAAGACAGAGACUCUUAUGACGCACACAGUCUUUUAAGCUUUCAAUCAAUCCAAACUAUAUACAUAUAUUCAUGUAGUUAGGUAGCUCUUACUGUUAGUUAGUCUGAUGUCUUGUCACCUAUAUUUCUCAAUUGUACAGACUUGUUUUGUAGUUCUAAGUCUUAAAUGUAAGUUGCGAGGCUUGAAAAGUGUUUUGUACGUGUGCUUAAAGUAAAUAAUACUAUAUAUUUAUUAAUUGUAAUACAUAUCAGCAGCAGGCAGUUUUACACU